CUGAUGUAUGAACAUAAGGAGGACCCACUGCAGAGGCAGCAGUCAGCGGGACUAGAAGGAGGAACAACUGCCCAAACCAGGAUCAGAAAAAGGUCGUUGUGUUUCGGAUCAGACACGAUGGGGGGUGCGAUGGGACCGGUUCUACACUGGCUGCACGAUGUGGCAGCUGUGACUCUCCUCAAAGCCCGGCGGACUUUAUUUCAGGCCGCCAUCCUGUUUUGUGUCCUGGUUCUGCUACUUUGGGUGUCCAUCUUUCUCUAUGGAAGCUUCUAUUACUCCUACAUGCCCACUGUGAGCUUCUCCACCCCUGUGCACUUCUACUAUACCUCUGAUUGUGAUGCCUCAGAGUCAGCACUUUGUUCAUUCCCCACGGCCAACAUCUCUUUCAUGAAGAACGAGAGGGACCAGGUGAUGGUUUACGGUCAGCCUUAUCGAAUAUCUUUGGAGUUAGAGAUGCCGGAGUCUCCAGUGAAUGAACAGCUGGGUAUGUUCAUGGUCAAGAUGUCUUCUUAUACCAAGGGUGGGAAGACUGUCUCAUCAGUGGGACGAUCUACAAUGCUCCAUUACCGCUCCAGCCUUCUGCAGAGCCUUAAUACUUUACUGUUCUCUCCUUUCCUUCUGACUGGGAUGGCUGAGCAAAAGCAGCUCAUAGAAGUUGAGCUCUUCACAGACUACAAGACAAAUGCUUAUCAACCCACUGUCGGUGCAGUCAUUGAGAUCCAGUCCAAACGAGUGCAGAUUUACUCAUCUCAGCUCCGUAUCCAUGCUUACUUCACUGGUAUACGAUAUGUUCUGUACAACUUUCCUCUGACAUCUGCAGUGAUCGGCGUGGCCACCAACUUUGCCUUCCUCAGUGCCAUUGUGCUGUUCAGCUACCUGCAGUUCAUAUGGGGAGGGCUGUGGCCUCCAGACCAAGUAAGAGUCAGGGUUAUGAUGGGGGACAACACCCGCAUCCAGCAGAGGAGAGAGGAGGCUCGGAAGCGCAUGGAGAAGGAAAACUCGCAGAAGGAACUUGAUGCUCCUAAAGUGAUUGGAUCUGUGAAUGAGGCAUCUGAUUUCCAGGGAAAUGACACGGCGGCGGAGCUGUCGUCUAAGAAGCCCUCAGUAAUCCCAGAUGCCUCUGGGUCUGAUGUGCCGGAUACCAAGGAGGAAGGGUCUCAUGACUCUGUGGGACCUGAGAAAGACAGCUCAGACAUGUUGGAUGGAUGCCAGCUGCCUCAGCAGAGUGAGACAGCACUCCGACAGAGACCUGGACCGUGGAUGAGCCUGUGAACCAUGCUGCACAAUGUCUCAUCACUCUUCAGCAGAUUGAAUGUGAUUUGGCAGAUAUUGAUUGACUCAAGCAAAACCCACUGUUUGAGUUGGCCUAAAUACAGAUGCAUGCAAAUAUAAUACCUGUGUUAUUUUAGCUAACUAACUACAGUUUAUUGUCUUGUGUUGAGAACAGUUUACCUCAUUGUAACUUUGACCUCUGCUCACUUCUUUCUGCUUAUUGUUUGCUCAGUGGAAAACCUGUCCCAAAGACAACAGCACUUCUACAGUCUUAUGUUUGUGCCAACUGAGUUUUAAUGUUGCCCAUAGCAGGAGAUACUACAUUCCAGCUUUGGCUUGUCCAACAUUAUUACCCACAGGAAUUUGGCAUUACUAUCAACAAUUUCACACACCCCUUUAAAGUCAGUUGAACCUGCCCGUGUUUUACUGCUCCAAUGUCUCUUAGGUGGCUUUUUCUCACAUCAUGGCGAGCCUACAUAGCUGAUGCACACAUCCUGACAAUCCUCAUAUAAUAAUAAAAGUAGACAGUGACUCCAUUGAUUACCACUUCAAACAUCAGUAGACUUGAUUAUGUUUUUGAAUGUAGCUGCCUCGUACUUGGAACAAAAUUUUAAGUUGGAUUUGGAAUUUCCAAAACUGUUUCACACCCUUUUAGAGGAUACGCACAAACAAGCCUUGUGAUACUUUUAUCUCAGAGGUUCUCUCAGAGCAAUUAGAUUUGGAAAAUGUGCCUGAAAAAGUGUAUUUGUUUUUAAUAGCUUCCUAAAACAUGUGCAGUGGGUCCAGCCUGAGGGAUAUAAGGAAUGUGUUGCGUUUAUUAUUCUUUUGCAUCUUGCAAAGAGAGACGUUCUGUCUCUGUAAUUCGUGGUUUAACUGCCGUGGCACUUUUAGUUAAAGCUAAAUGUCAACGCUAAAUGUCGCAAGUUGAUGUUCAUUCCAUAAGAUCUUUCUAUUCAGUUUCUGUUAUGGUGCAGUUUGCACUCUGCAUUUUAAUGUUGUGAAAAUUGUAUUUAUUGUGUUUUCAGUACAACAAAACACCAAGAUAUUUUAGAUGGGUCUUUAAGUCAUAUACGUUCGGUAAUAAGUCUGUUAAUUAAACAUGUUUGUAUUGUAACAGUAAGGAACAUACAGUAUAAGAAGGAUAAGUGAAGUUACUGUUUUCAAACUGGUGCUGGUUGUUACAGAUAAUAAAGUGACAGUGAUGCAGAAAUUGUUGGAAUAUAGCUCAGCCUCCAUGUAUUUAACCUACACUUCUUUGUACCAAAGAUAUUGUUAAACUCAUAAUACACUCAAUCUGUCAUCUUGGAGUCAUGCAGAAUAUCCCUGUAAAUGCGUCUGAAGUUAUAUGAGUAGGUAGUAUUUAUGUAUUGAACAAAUUAAAUAAACAUACGGCUGUGCA